ACCAGUGAUCCAGUCAUCCGUGAUGCAACAGUGCUUACCGCCUACUAUCCGACCGCCUGCUGCAUGCAGCAAAGGGCUUUGGCAGGAUGCGUUGCUUAGCAACAGCCCUGCACCCAAACAUCCAGCGUUUCUACCUUCUUGCAUGUCUACUUCUUGAAUCUACAACUCAACUACAUGUGCCACUCCCACCACGUCGUCUACUAACCCAGCAGGUUCCAGUCACACAGCCUCGGUCCAUAAAUGCAAUAGGACACCCCUCCUCUCUCCUUUCACAUCUCCUUCCGACUUUACCUCCAUCCUCUACCUCCUUAUCAGCGGCCGGAUUCACCCAAUAGCCACAAUGGCAAUUGCAUUGGCGGAGGCUGAUAAGUAUGAGGUGCUAGAGAAGAUCGG